AUGACAAUCAUCAAUGAGCCCCGGAAAAGCUUUUGCUGGGUCUUCGAUAGUCCCACAGGGGAAGAGCGCGGCGUCAAGGCGGCUUUCGAAGAGCUGAAGAAAGCUGGUGCUAUGCGUGUCGACCUUGCGUGGGUUCGGAACCACUGGAUCAUGAUCUUAUGGAAGCUGGCGCACUACACUCGAUGUAAACCUCAAGAGGCCGCUCUAUGGUGGUGUUUUGAGCAGGUCAUGCGCCAGCUAAAGUAUCGCUAUGAGAGAGAAGUUAAUCUCGCGCAGCGCUCUGCUAUCAAAAGGAUACAGGAGAGAGAUUCUCCCGCUAGCCUGCCGAUGAUACUGCGCGUCUUCGGCCACCACAAGGUCAACGCCGAAGAUGUGGACAGCCUGGGUGCGAUGAGCAAAGUCAAGGACAGAACUUGCGGAGAUUAUGACUAUGAACUCGAGCUGACUGACGGCUGGUACCGGAUCAGAGCCAGAAUGGAUCCAACCCUGUCUCGCGCUUUCAAAAGAGGCAAAAUUGCGCAGGGGAUGAAGCUAGCCAUACAGGGCGCUAGGCUG